AUGAGGAGUUGGGGUUCAUGGGUUUCUGAGAUAAGAGCACCAAAUCAGAAAUCAAGAAUAUGGUUAGGAUCUUACUCAACUUCUGAAGCAGCAAUAAGAGCCUAUGAUGCAACCCUUUUAUGCGUUAAGGGCCCAACUGCAAAUCUAGCGGCGACUGCCACCAGUACCGGUCCGUCUCUAUCUCCACCACCAUCUCCAUCUUAUUCAUCACCAUUAUCACCGGUUUCACCAUCUCAAUCAAUAACUUCAUCUAAUGAGAAAAGCCACAGAUUGUCUUUUGAAAACGAUCCACUUGAUGGCACCUUGAUAUCGAUGGUUGCACCAUGGUGCAAUGUAUUUGAUUCCCCAAGGUACAUUGAUGUGAUGAACAACAAGUCUUUGUUUGAUCCCUCCGAUGAAGAAGCUUGUGAACUUCGUCUCUGGAGCUUCUACUGA